GCACCUCAAAUGGGAUUUUUUUGGUAGUGAUGAUUUCUGGAGCUGGSUCCUGUGUUGUCCAGGCCAGCAGGAGUGGUGACUGCGCAGAGUGACCAGCAGGUUUCGCCAGGUUGGCUCAGGUGACUUGGAAAUGUGGCCUUGUCCUGCUGCAGCCUCUUGAGUCCAGGUCUGGCCUGGCAUCCCCAGCAGCUCCAGUUAUUUAUUGGAUGCUCCAGGGUUGGUACAGUAGGCCUCACUAAACUUAGCUGCAACUAAGAAUUUCUCCUACAUCAACUGAGUUAAGGCUGAUGCUCUUGUGGAAUGUGGAUUAAAAGUGCGUGCUAAGUUCCCAAAUUUGAGAAGCGGAGAAAAGUAAAUGUACCACUGCCACCAGCAUCAGGACAGCAAACCAAGGGACAAAGAAUUUGACCCGCUGUGUUGAUUUUGGUUAAAACUGGUUCACGCGGUGCUUAAGAGACGUUGGCUGGGGGGCGAGAAGUGGACGUCAGCGAAGGCUUUUUGGUUACAGAAUGAGGGCUGCUUUGGAGCCAGCAGACAUUGCCAUUGUGGCCCUGUACUUCGUGCUUGUAAUAUGCAUAGGUUUCUUUGCCAUGUGGAAAAACAAUCGGAGCACCGUGAGUGGCUACUUUUUGGCAGGGCGUUCUAUGACCUGGGUAGCUAUCGGGGCCUCRUUGUUUGUGAGCAAUAUUGGAAGUGAACAUUUCAUUGGGCUCGCAGGAUCUGGAGCGGCGAGCGGAUUCGCCGUAGGCGCGUGGGAGUUCAACGCCUUAAUGCUUUUGCAGCUUUUGGGAUGGGUCUUCGUGCCAGUCUACAUCCGGUCGGGAGUGUACACCAUGCCCGAAUACUUGUCCAAGCGGUUUGGAGGGCAUAGGAUUCAAGUCUAUUUUGCAGCGUUGUCUCUAAUUCUUUAUAUCUUCACCAAACUCUCGGUUGACUUGUAUUCGGGGGCACUUUUUAUCCAAGAGUCCCUAGGGUGGAACCUCUAUGUGUCGGUGAUCCUGCUGAUCGGCAUGACGGCGCUGCUCACUGUCACCGGGGGGUUGGUGGCCGUCAUCUACACGGACACUCUGCAAGCCCUGCUUAUGAUCAUCGGGGCCCUCACGCUCAUGAUCAUAAGCCUGAUGGAGGUCGGGGGGUUCGAAGAAGUGAAAAGGAGGUACAUGCUGGCGACCCCAAACGUCACCUCCAUCCUCCUGACCUACAACAUCUCCAACACCAACUCCUGCAACGUCAGCCCGAAGCCCGACGCUCUGAAAAUGCUGCGUGAGCCGACGGACGAGGACAUUCCCUGGCCUGGAUUUCUGCUGGGACAGACCCCGGCCUCRGUGUGGUACUGGUGCGCUGACCAAGUCAUAGUGCAGAGAGUCCUGGCCGCCAAAAACAUCGCUCACGCCAAGGGCUCCACCCUCAUGGCCGGCUUCCUGAAGCUGCUGCCCAUGUUCAUCAUCGUGGURCCGGGGAUGAUCUCCCGCAUCCUGUUCGUGGACGACAUCGCCUGCAUCAACCCCGAGCACUGCUUCCAGGUGUGUGGCAGCAGGGCCGGCUGCUCCAACAUCGCCUACCCGCGCCUGGUGAUGCGGCUGGUGCCUGUGGGACUGCGUGGCCUCAUGAUGGCCGUCAUGAUCGCUGCCCUYAUGAGCGACCUGGACUCCAUCUUCAACAGCGCCAGCACCAUCUUCACGCUCGACGUCUACAAGCUCAUCCGCAAGAGCGCCACUUCGCGCGAGCUCAUGGUGGUGGGCAGGGUGUUCGUGGCCUUCAUGGUGGUCAUCAGCAUUGCCUGGGUGCCCAUCAUUGUGGAGAUGCAGGGCGGCCAGAUGUACCUGUACAUCCAGGAGGUGGCAGACUACCUGACCCCRCCGGUGGCCGCCCUGUUCCUCAUGGCCAUCUUCUGGAAGCGCUGCAACGAGCAGGGAGCUUUCUACGGCGGCAUGGCCGGCUUCAUCCUGGGCGCCGUCCGCCUCAUCCUGGCCUUCUUCUACCGCGCCCCUGAGUGUGACCAGCCCGACACGCGGCCCGGCUUCAUCAAGAACGUCCACUACAUGUACGUGGCCACAGGCCUGUUCUGGAUCACGGGCGCCGUGACGGCGGUGGUGAGCCUGCUCACGCCGCCGCCCACCAAGGAGCAGGUGCGCACCACCACCUUCUGGGCGCUGAGGAAACCGAGCGCGCCCCAGGCCGUUGCCAAGGGGGAGCUGUACCGCGUGCAGGAGAAGAGCGUCCUCAAGCGCAACGAGAGCUCCAGCCACGUCAUUCCCAAUGGGAAGUCGGAGGACAACAUUAAAAACGUGAAGCCAGAGGACAUCAACCUCCUGGUGACGUGUAGGGAUGACAGCACUCCGGUGAUGUCGCUGAGCCACUCCGAGGUGGAGACACCCGUGGAUUGUUAUUCCAAUGGACAGGCGGCUCUGAUGGGGGAGAAAAAGCACGAAGAGGAGGAGACUGACACCAGGGAGAGACGUUUGAAAUUCAUAGAUUGGUUCUGUGGUUUUAAAAGUAAAAACAUAAGCAAGAGAGUGGUUCGGGAGGUUGAGGAAGAGACUGUUUGUUUAAAAAUGCUGGAAGAGACUCCAAAAGUUAAACUGUUACUAAAUACUGGACUGGUCUGUGUCUGUUCGCUUGGAAUCUUCAUGUUUGUCUACUUCUCUUUGUGAGUGAAUAGUGAACUUUUAAGGGUAUGGCUUAAACAUACAGAAGUUGAUACAGGUCUCUGGAGAUUUUUGGUUUUCUUUUUGUUUUUUCUUUUCAAACAACAUAACCACAACCCAGGCAUUGUUUACGCUAUAAUUGUAAGAUCAACUCAGCUUUAGCCUAUUUYGAGACCUUUUGAGAUGUGUUGUCCUCACUCUGCUGAAAGCAGAACCUGUGCUGUGGUGACUUUUUCUUUUUCCCCUUUUGUGUUGUUUUGUUUUGUUUUUUUUUUUUAAUUUUUUUUUUUAUUUUCCAUUUGCAGCACUAACCUUUUGUUUUUCUGUGUAUAAAUAUACCAAAGGCAGGCAGGUGGCUGUGUUUGGAGUCAGGCAGUUACAGCUCAGUCAGCAUUAAGUGAAGAUAACAGGUAAUCAGUUACCAGUGGGUGAAAUCUGAGCGAUUAAAGCUUUAAAGCUGGGUCAGAAGAUUUUUUUAAAUGCAGAGCUGUGAUGCACAUUUAUGAAAUAACUGUAUCACCUUGGCCAACUUAGCACUUUUCAAUUACACUCACUGCUUUUUAUUCUUUCCCCCCAGUUUCUCAUUUCUCUUCUGGCAACAACAGGAAGCUGUUUUGUCUCAUUUAAAGCACUUAAAACAUGAUAGCUCUUAGCAGCUUUCUGCCUUUAUUUUAUUCUUUGUAAGGAAAUUUUUGUCUUUUGAUUUUUAUCCACUGUAAAUUCUGUGACUUAAAAGUUGCCGUAUUUAAAAAAAAAAAAAAAAGAGAA